CUUUUGUCGCAAAGACAGUCGGAGACCCACCUCGCGGUCCCUAAUACCGAUGGACACCAUCCACGGGACGCUCUCGUAACAGAGGCUUGGUGGUGCAGCAACCAGUACUGCUUAAGUCGCUCUCAUGCUUGGACGCAAACUGGCCGGAAGCGCCAGCUUUGUCUGCUUCAGAUGCCGACUCCAGCUGGCAAGAGCCCCUAACCGCUCUAUGUUCCCUGCUGCCACUUCCAUCGUCCAGUCGGCCCGUCCAAGUUUCCAGCGACAUAUCAACAUUCACAGCGGGCAGGGUGUGCCAAUCGCUGCCGACAAACCCGGCAGCGACAUUGAUAUUGAGAUCAGCGACGAGCCCAAUCCCGACCCCAGCGCCGAGCAAGAAAACGAUGGUGCAUCCCACGACGGAGGCUUCGGCAUCAUUCCCAAACCAUCCCCUACAACUCGGUCACCGCAGAACCGCACGGUGUACACGUCCAGGGGCCGCCUCGUUUCCCCAGAGCAAGAAGGCCUUUCUGUCGACAUCUUGGGAAAGCCGGGAUCUGCCAUUAUUCUGCGAGAAAAGCGAGCACUCCGAAAGAGCCGCCGGCACCCGACGCUCUCCCCCAACAAUGAUCCUACGGAUGGCUCGGUUGAUCCCGCAAGCUUGCUGUCGAACGAAGACACUUUCGCUACGUCAGAUGACAUUUUACUCAACAUCCACGAGCUGAAACCAAACGGCACACGGAUCCUCAGCGAUAAAGACUUCAACAAGCUUCAAGACACGCUAGUCCAGGGGUUCACCAACGCACAGUUGGUGCACUACAUCGGGGAAUACCAAAGGAUUCGUCGGCUGAGCCAGGAGGAUGAGCACGUCUCGGAAGUGCAUCCUUGGGUGCUGGAAGCCCAGCCAUGGGUACCCUACGUUGCUGGCGCAGGCGGAGCCGUUGAGCCUCUCCUUCAAGGGUACGUCACUAAGGUCAUGACGCCCAAGAAGCGGCUCGCAAUUCGGAUAUUGCGAGAAUGCUGGGAUGUGUCCAAUCGAGAGGUCCUUGACCGAGAUGGCUAUCUGGAGAUCCGGCUGCGUGAUGCCGAGUUCUCCCUUCUGACCCUUGGCAACCGGAGAUGGCUGGAAGGCACCCCAAGGGCAAUUCUGGACCGUGUGAAGCAAGUCAAGCUGAUUCGCGAGUCGCGCUUGGUCUCCAUCGUCGGUCCCAAGCACGCCGCUGAAUCGAUUCUCGACCGAAUUCACGACGUGCUCUCGAAAGCCCGGACAAGCGACUUUCCAGUUGACCUUGUUUCUCCGAAUCCCCUCGAACUCAGUAUACUCGAAGAAGUUGGGCGCAUGACCAACACAUUGACACGCCUUGACUCAUCAGGCAACAAGGUUGUUGUUACUUGGAUACACUUGGCUCAGCGAGACGAAAACCUCGAGAACGCGAGCGAGACCGUCUUCCGGUUUCUCCGUGAUGCAUACGGGCCCAAACCCCGCGUCUCCACGGCUCUGAGCGUAGUACCGGACCAUCUCGUUCACCGGGGACGGUACCUCCCCAUGCUCAACGUCGCGCCGAAACUUCCAUGGGAGGAACGCUUUGGAAAAUGGGAGAGGUGGACAAACGCCAUACCUCAGAGCAAGGCCGCCUACAAGGAACAGACAUUAGAAGCCUCAAUACCGGCAGAUAUCCUCGCCUUCGACACUGUCGCGGAAAAUGCCAUCCAACCCUCCGAAGUACCGAUUGGCGACGGACCGGGAUGGUCUUCUGCCUUGCAGACGGACACGACCGCAGUCUUUGGGCAUGUCGUCUUUGCCCGGAAGAGCCAGCAUCCUCCGUCACCCGAUCCACAUCUAGACCCAACAUCGCAGCUCGACACCUCGUUCCCGCGCACCUUCGUCCCUACGCUUCCCGCCCUCGGCUGUCUUAACCUGCCCAGCAACCUUCGCGAGCAAGGCCUUUGGCACACCACCACUAUGAUCCGUUUCGCACCGUCCCCGGACAUGUCCCCAGACCUCGUCAUCUCCGCUCCGACCCUCGAACUCCGCCUCGAUGCCGACCACCACGAGAUCACAGGCCUCACCUCGCUUCGCGCCAUCAAGGACACCUUCCGAGGUGACGUCCUCUUCCCAGCGGCGCCCGUCGACGUGCGCCUCAUUCAGCAGCGCUACCUCCUCCUCCCAGGCCCGAGCAUCGAGCGCCAUGUCCCAGCUAUCGUCACCUUCCUCACCAAGUCGAACCUACGACCGUGGGAAGGCAAACUCAACACCCCGCCCGUCCUCCUCGGCAUCCGUCUUCCCCGACGCAUCCUCUCCUCUUCCCAAUCCGAUUCCAUCCCCGCGACCAACCCCACCCCCACCGCGGAAGAAAGCGAUGACGUAGAACUAGCCUACAACCUCGCAGCCAUCGAGGUUCACCGGACCGUAACAGCCGAGUACGAGGGCCUCAAACUGCGAUACACAAGCAUCCAGGCCGGUCAGAGAGGAGGCGAACGGUCCGAACUCUCGCUCGAGGCCGUGCGUAUCCCAGAGGAGGAGGCCGCAGCGGCGCUCGAGUCCGAGCAAGCUCAGGCCAAGCUGGGUGAGGACUUGGACCGGUACCAGAUUGUGGACGAGGAAAUGUUCAGGGCCCAGUUUGAGUCCCAUUCAAUGAGCAAUACCGCGAGACGCCAGCGUGAGACAACAAAGCCCGCGGAACUCGAGGAGUUCUUACGGGUUGCCUCCAGCAUCGUUAAUGAGAGGGGCUGGUUGAGAUGGCAUGCGAAACGAUCAUAGAUGUACGAUAUCUGUAGGAUAGACUCCAGCGUGUGUACAAUAGCAAUUACAGAAGCAUCAACCUCCACUGUUGAGAGUCACCUUCAAACAGCACUCGAGGACCGGCACGUCACUGGCACACAAUGAAUUGACUGCGGAGCAGCU